AUGAAGCUGGGGACUCGCCGAGCCGGCCAGCCUGGCCCCCUGGAUGGUGGCCACAGGCAGCCAGGCCCCCCCCGGUCCCCUCAGCAGGUCAGUGGGGAGAACGGCGCCGUGCCGGGGGAGCGUGGCAAGCAGGACAAAAACGUCAAGCGUGGCAACUGGGGCAACCAGAUCGAGUUUGUGCUGACCAGCGUGGGCUACGCCGUGGGGCUGGGCAACGUCUGGCGUUUCCCGUACCUCUGCUACCGCAAUGGGGGAGGUGCCUUUAUGUUCCCCUACUUCAUCAUGCUGGUGUUUUGCGGCAUCCCACUCUUCUUCAUGGAGCUCUCCUUUGGGCAGUUCGCCAGCCAGGGCUGCCUUGGCGUCUGGAGGGUCAGCCCCAUGUUCAAAGGCGUGGGCUACGGGAUGAUGGUGGUGUCCACGUACAUCGGGAUCUACUACAACGUGGUGAUCUGUAUUGCCUUCUACUACUUCUUUGUGUCCAUGACGCGCGUGCUGCCCUGGACGUACUGCAGCAACGCCUGGAACACACCCGACUGCGCGGGGGUGCUGGACGGGAACCUCUCCAGCCGUGCCGCGCUCACCCUCACCCGCCUCCUCAAUGCCACCCAGAAGCGCACCAGCCCCAGCGAGGAGUACUGGAGGAGGUACGUGCUGGACCUGUCGGACGACAUCGGGAACCUAGGCGAGGUGCGGCUGCCCCUCCUGGGCUGCCUCGGCGUCUCCUGGGUCGUCGUCUUCCUCUGCCUCAUCAAGGGCGUCAAGUCCUCGGGGAAGGUGGUGUACUUCACGGCCACCUUCCCCUACGUGGUGCUCACCAUCCUCUUUGUGCGCGGCAUCACGCUGGAGGGAGCCCUCACCGGCAUCAUGUACUACCUGACGCCCCAGUGGGACAAGAUCCUCGACGCCAAGGUGUGGGGUGACGCAGCGUCGCAGAUCUUCUACUCGCUGGGCUGUGCCUGGGGCGGGCUCAUCACCAUGGCCUCUUACAACAAGUUCCACAACAACUGCUACCGGGACAGCAUCAUCAUCAGCAUCACCAACUGCGCCACCAGCGUCUACGCUGGCUUUGUCAUCUUCUCCAUCCUGGGCUUCAUGGCCAACCACCUCGGUGUGGAUGUCUCCAAGGUGGCCGACCAUGGCCCAGGCCUGGCCUUCGUCGCCUACCCUGAGGCCCUCACGCUGCUCCCCAUCUCGCCGCUCUGGUCCAUCCUCUUCUUCUUCAUGCUCAUCCUCCUGGGGCUGGGCACACAGUUCUGCUUGCUGGAGACGCUGGUCACGGCCAUCGUGGACGAGGUGGGCAAUGAGUGGAUCAUCCGCAGGAAGACCUUCGUGACACUGGGGGUUGCUGUGGCGGGCUUCCUGCUGGGCGUCCCGCUCACCACGCAGGCGGGCAUCUACUGGCUCCUGCUUAUGGAUAACUACGCCGCCAGCUUCUCCCUGGUCGUCAUCUCCUGCAUCAUGUGUGUGGCCAUCAUGUACAUCUACGGGCACCGCAACUACUUCAAGGACAUUGAGAUGAUGCUGGGCUUCCCGCCCCCGCUCUUCUUCCAGAUCUGCUGGCGCUUCAUCUCGCCCGCCAUCAUCUUUUUCAUCCUGGUCUUCACAGUGAUCCAGUACCGGCCCAUCUCCUACAACGAGUACAUCUACCCCACAUGGGCCAUCAGCAUCGGCUUCCUCAUGGCGCUCUCCUCCGUCAUCUGCAUACCCAUCUAUGCCAUCUACAAAGUGUGCCGCUCUGAGGGGGACACGCUGCUGGAGCGCUUGAAAAAUGCUACCAAGGCAAGCAAGGACUGGGGACCGGCGCUGGCAGAGCACCGCAGCGGGCGCUAUGCCCCGGCGCUCAGCCCUUCCACCGAGUCCCAUCUGGAGGUGCAGCCCCUGCAGCUGGAGAAGGGCCAGAGCGAGGCAGCGGCUGCCUCCCCCGUGCAGGGCAGCAAUGGCUCAGCCCACAGCCAGGACUCCAGACUGUGACCCCCCGCCACCCCUGCACCCCCUCUAACCCCUACCGCGCGGUGACACUUUCGCACCUUCCGCUGGCGGAGCCUGGCUCCGGGCCACAC